AUUCGAACUUGACACUCUUCACCUUCAUCCAACAUGUGCUCCACCGAGCUUUCGAGAAGCAUGUUCAUCUCCCAGGCGCAACCAGGUGCCUCGGAUGCCUGGAAAACAGGCCUGGUCCCCAGCGCAGGAGGGAAAUGUGGCGUAUCCUCCGCGAAGGUGGCCACUACUGUAGCAGAAGUUUCCCUUCCUCUCUCUCCCAGCAGAGAUCAGAUGCAUGGUUUACCGUGCAAUCUUGACCAUCACCUGCACCAUCAACACAUCCUCCAAAGAGCACCUCCACGACCAGCAGCCCAACCAAGCUUCGGAGCAGCUUGAUCAAAUCACCAGCCUUAAGAACCUCGCCUUGUCUUGCCGGCAGGUCCGCGACGAAUUAGUCCAUGAAUACGUCGCAUACGUCCUCCCGUUCACACAAAUCCACCUAGGCAGCGCCUACCGGACGCCUACGCCUUCACCUCUGGCGUUGACCAACCACCGGAUCUUCCAAGAGCUCCAGUCGUCUUCCUUCCUUACACAAAACAUCCAACACAUCAGCCUCCACUGGGGAGGCUGCACGUGCUCCGAGGACGGAUCGCGUUUUCAAAAACAAAUCGAACCUAGGGCCUGCCUCUUUUGGCUGACGGCGCUGCCACAGCUUAAGACCUUAGAGAUAGUGUUCACCGACCCGUUCUAUCUCCCCAUUCAGCGGUUCACGAGCGCGAGCAUGACAGGGCUGCCGGGGCCAGGUCCGGGUGUGGCCGAGGAGGCGGUCGAGGAGGCAGAUGCGGAGUGGAGUGACAGUGACGACGGUGGUGCUCAUGAACUCGUGGAAUUCUUUUGCAGUUUCUGCUGGUGUGAAGGUCUUAUGGCGCUGCCGCCGACUCUCGAGAAGGUGAUCUUCCGGGUGUGGUGCCGUGAGGAUCCCGAUGACGAGGUUCACCCUGCUGCCGUUGAUGAGACCUGGGAGGUCACAAAGUGGUAUCGGAGGACGAGAGUCGCAGAGGAGCAGUAUGAGAGGACUGGGAUUUGGAAGAGAGUGAAGGAGGACCAUGAGGAUGGCGAUGAGAGCGAGGUAUGUUCUUGCCCUGCCUUACCUACCCUACCCCCUUUAUAGGUUAUUCCUUUUUUUUCCCUUUCGCGCUCCAGGCUGACGAUGCGAUGCGUUAUCACUUUAGGAACCACAGGAGUACAAACUCGAGUAUCACGUUGGUGCCAUCGACGUCGAGUGGCCUUUGUCGGAAAGGAUCUGAAGCACC